UCAUCUGCUUCGAAGCCGAGGAGAAAAAAGUCAAAGAAAUCAAAACGGGUCAAGAUGAGAUCCAAGAAGUCUGCCCGAUGGCAGCUGGGAGAAGAUGUAGCCGACAUCCUCACCGGACAAUUCUUCCGUAAAGUAGAAGUCGAUGAGCUUCUUACACCGGACCGCCUCCAUGCACUACGACUGGAGAGGGAGUCUCAAGGACAGCCACGCCGAUCGAGCGAUACUUUGAGGACUGUAAGCACCGAUGGAAGCGAGACGCCCGUUGAGCCCUUUCACCUCCAAGACCUCCUUUCUCGCAUCGGAGCAGCCGGGGCAAAGACCUCCAUCACGCCUUCUGAGGCUAUGACCCCACCCGAGCUUCUCGACCCAAGUGUACUACGAGACUUGCCCUUCAAAGAAAAGUCGCCGCGGAGGAAGAAGCCUGUAUCCAAGGAUGAAUACGAGGCUGAGGAUCCGACGCAGGCUGUUCCUCCUCCACCGGCAAAGAACCCGGCGAGAUUUCUUCCUAGACCGCAGGCGCCACUGUUACCGACGAUUCCCGAAGUAGUCGUCACCACGCCUGACGUGGGAGGCCAAUCAGCAAAACACAGCAACAGGCAUGCACGAACAUUCGCACCCGUUGACGAAGACGACUUUAUAUUCUUCCAAUCGACACCAUUUACGUUCAACCAUUCCGCCUUCAAACACGGCAAUAUACGUUUCCCCAAGUCAGAAGUCGUCAAGGGGCUGAAAAUCGACCCCGAUGAUACGCUCGACUGGACGGCCUUCCAGAUGGCCAUCCUCGGCGGCGCGGGCGACCUCUUCUCAGACCCCGCAGAUUUUUCGCAGAGAACAGAGGCCGAAGAGAUUGCCGACCUUACAGCGUGGUUCGAUGGCUUCGGCUUCGAUAGCCACAGUCGCCUGCUCACCAGCGAC